AUGCGCCAGCGGCCGCCGCCGUGGUGGGACGAUGCGGUAAGGGUAAGCCGUACGUCUAAACUCCUAGGCGUGGAGAUACCGGAGACGGUGGCAUCCGAUGUGCCGGAGAUAUGGGGCGCGACGCUUCUUCUUCGUAUGGCACUUGCGCCAUCAAAUGAUAUGGAUGCGAAAAUCGACACGGCGCAAUACAUUGUGCAGAUCUUGUGCAGUCAUUCUCGCCAUGCGCCCAAAGAGGUCGUGCCAUACUGGCCUUCUCUGCUGCCUUCGCGGGAACACCGCGGCGUAUUGGCCACAGUGCCAACGCCUUGGAAUGAAGAAAUAUGCGCAUUGCUGCAAUCUCUCUUUGUCUAUGGCGAAGCCUUCUGGUCCGUGGCACGUGAACGUUCGCGUACCUCGACAUUCACGUCGCGUUCUGAGCGCGUCGGCACAUGGCUCUGCGAUACAAGGGAUGCCUUGGUUGCCUGGCUCCAGGCGCCAGAUGCACCUGUGAUACCCAUUUUACGUUGCCUGCAUGCCUUGGUUUUCCAUACUCAAAACUCACCAUUGCAUGCAUCGCAUGCCUCUGUGCUUCGUCCUGCCAUGAAAUCAUGGUGUGCAAAGGCUGAUACGAUGGCCGAUGCCUAUGCUAUUCUGCUCCUUUGGCCACCUGUGCCAUCUACUUGUGUGACAGAUCUUCUUCAGUGGCUCCAGGAUCAUCCUACGGCGGACACGGCAGCGGAGCAUGUGUGGCAUGUUGCUGCGAAGGCUGUGGCACAGACGACAUCGCAUCUCCCGCCUGUUCUCCUAGAUACCCUCACACACGACCUCGCUUCGUCCUCCAUGUCCACACCGCGCUCUGACGGUGCACAUAAAAUGCUGCAAGCUGUACUGGAAGGCAUGGCGCAGGGAACAUGGACUGAUACAUCCAUGAUAGCCUACCAAGCCUUGUACGAAGCUAGGACCUUUGAGCAGUCGGCGAAGACGCAGGUAUGGGUCGCACAAGCAUGGCCAGCAUAUACCCAAUGGCAAUGGCAUCAGAAUGGUGCUUCUUCGUUGUCUGGAUGCAUGAAGAAUCUCUUUCAGACCCCGAAUCUCUCAGCAGAGGUCUGUGCUGCUCGUAUCCGAGCCCUAGGCGUAUGGAUCGAACGUGAUUUAGGUCCAUUGGCCCAGGACGAUAUGGCGUUUAUAUGGCAACAAGCAUGCCAAGCUUUGUCAGAUACGCAUAUCUCUGUCCGUGCGCAGGCCGCUUGGACACUGGCGAAUCAGUGUGUGGCGAUGGAUGGGUGGAAUGCAUCCGCGUUGCAAGCCAUGCUUCUGGCCCUGGAAGACGAUGAUCGGAUUGUGACACAUUGUGCACGUGGUAUCGGUGCCAUGUGGCAGCCCAUGCCGCCGGACGUAUAUGAAGACAGUAUACAUCGUGUAUGCAGUAUAGCAGGAGCGCAGGCGCAUGCACCCAAAGUGCGCUGGAACAUUGCUACUUGCCUCGCCCGUGCUUUGCAGCGUGAGCAAGAAAGACCCAGCGCAGCACUGGCACGUAUCAUCGAUGUGCUAGCCGACGAUAUGCAUGAUGCGACUUUCAAAGUGCGUCGUAUUGCUGCCCAGGCCCUCGUCCAGCUUACGACCGAGAUCAUGUAA